UGUACUGAGUGUGGGAAGUGUUUCAGUUCUAAGUCUACUCUUAAUGUGCAUAAAAUAAUUCAUACAGGUGAGAAGCCGUAUUCCUGUUCUGAGUGCGGGAAAUGCUUUAUAACUAAGUCACAUCUUGAUAGACAUCAGAGGUCUCACACAGAUGAGAAGCCGUAUUCAUGUUCUGAGUGCGGGAAAUGUUUUUCAGAUAAGUGGCAUCUUGAUAUACAUCAGAGGUCUCACACAGAUGAGAAGCCAUAUUCCUGUUCUGAGUGCGGGAAAUGUUUUUCAGUAAAGUCAAAUCUUCUCAGACAUCAGAGGUCGCACACGGGUGAGAAGCCGUAUUCCUGUCCUGAGUGUGGGAAAUGUUUUAUACAGAAACUAGAACUUGACAGACAUCAGAUUUCUCACACGGGUGAGAAGCCGUAUUCCUGUCCUGAGUGCGGGAAAUGUUUUUCAAGAAAGUUGCUUCUUCUCACACAUCAGAGGUCGCACACGGGUGAGAAGCCGUAUUUCUGUCCUGAGUGUGAGAAAUAUUUUUCAGAUAAGUCGCUUUUUCUCAAACAUCAGAGGUCUCACACGAGCGAGAGGCAGUAUUCAUGUUCUGAGUGCGGGAAAUGUUUUUCAGUUAAGUGGCAUCUUGAUAGACAUCAGAGGUUACACAUGGGCGAGAAGCUGUAUUCCUGUUCUGAUUGCGGGAAAUGUUUUUCAGAUAAGUGGCAUCUUGACAGACAUCAGAGGUUACACACGGGUGAGAAGCCGUUUUCCUGUCCUGAGUGCGGGAAUUUUUUUUCAGCAAAGUCAAAUCUACUCAGGCAUCAGAAGUUUCACACAGGUGAGAAGCCGUAUUCCUGUCCUGAGUGCGGGAAAUGUUUUUCACAGAAGGCACAUCUCUACAGUCAUCAGAGAUCUCACACGGGGGAGAAGCCGUAUUCAUGUCCCGAGUGAGGGAAUUUGUUCCUCACUGCAGUCCUGUCUUCCUGUACAUCAGGGGUCCCACACAACCCUUGAGGUGUAUUAGUGAGUGCGGGAA